UACAUGUACAGUGUGCACAGUAUACAGUCCCCUCAUAUUUCUUGAAGCACGUCCAUGGUUGAUGAGGUUUGUCUUGAAAAAAAAUAAAAAUAAAUAAAAACAAUACGGUGACUACUCUACGUUGUCAUAAAACACGGGAUGCACGUGUCCACUUUCUACGUAUAUUCACAGGCUUUGAGGGACUUGUAUGUCUGCAGACUAUCGCGACUGAACUGUUCGAGCGUAUUGACGAGGUAUAAAAAUAUAUAUCGGUGAAAGUAAUGUCCGGCCACAAAGACGGAUCGUCAACCCAUCCAUUCUUCCAAAUACCGACCCUGUGGCGAUUUCGCGUGAUUCGGAAGGAGUGAGGCGACCGGGAGGGUGAUGGACGAUGCGCGGUCCGUUUGGGCCACCGAGACACCCGCGCGUCUCCCAGUCCUGAAUGCAGCAGCGGCGGAGCGAGACACCGAGCCGGGUGUCACCGUCAGCAGCGCCGGAUGCUGCGCCGCAGGAUCGGAUACACCGACCCGUCGUCGGGUAAAGACAUCCUCGGCAAUCGCUCCCUUUGUUUCAUGUUUAUUUGCGCUUUUGGACUGGUGACACUGUUGCAGCAGAUUCUUUAUGGGAAGAACUACAUCAAGAGUGCGCAACAGUUUAGCCGACUCAAAGGGGACGAGACGGGAAAUUGGAGCGGUCCGGUUAAUUUCUCGGAUGACGGAUCUCUGAAGCCCGCCAGAAAUGGAAGGAAAAGAUGUUUCCGUCAGCAUUUUCAGCCAGAUUCACAGAUCGCCGUAAUAGUCGCACCCUGCCUAGCCGAUAUUAAGAAGAAAAACAAACGCUCUCACAGGUAUUUGGGAAACUACGCCGGGCCCUUUGCGUACAACUCGACAACAUGCAAAGAGCUCAGACAGGAGAUUAUGGACGUCAAAGUCCUGACGAUGGUGAAAACCUCCGAUCUGUUUGAGAGAUGGCGCAACCUGCAGGUGUGUAAGUGGGAGCAGAGCAAGGAGGAGACCAGCAACUUCAAGAUGUCGCUGUCUCGCUGCUGCAACGCUCCGUCCUUCCUGUUCACCACCAAGAGGAACACCCCCGCCGGGACCAAGCUGCGCUACGAGGUGGACACCAGCGGCAUCCUCCCCAUCACCACCGAGGUCUUCAAGAUGUUCCCAGACGAUAUGCCGUAUUCUAAAUCCCAGUACAAGAAAUGCGCCGUGAUCGGGAACGGCGGCAUCAUCAAGAACAGCCACUGCGGGAAGGACAUUGACUCAGCAGAUUUUGUGUUCCGAUGCAACAUACCGCCCAUCAGUGAGAAAUAUUCGGCAGAUGUCGGCACAAAAACGGAUCUGGUCACGAUAAAUCCCAGCAUCAUCACCGAGAGGUUCCAGAAGCUGGAGAAAUGGCGGCGCCCCUUUUACGACGUCCUCCUCAACUACGAGAACUCGUCCGUGGUCCUCCCGGCGUUCUACAACACGCGCAACACGGACGUGUCCUUCCGGGUCAAGUACAUGCUGGACGACUUUGACUCGCAGCGGGGCGUCUUCUUCUUCCACCCGCAGUACCUGCUCAACGUGCAGCGGUUCUGGGCGGUGCAGGGCGUGAGGGCCAAGCGCCUGAGCAGCGGCCUGAUGCUGGUCACCGCCGCCCUGGAGAUGUGCGAGGAGGUGCACCUCUACGGCUUCUGGGCCUUCCCCAUGAACCCGUCGGGCAUCUUCAUCACGCACCACUACUACGACAACGUCAAGCCCAGGCCGGGCUUCCACGCCAUGCCGCACGAGAUCUUCAACUUCAUCCACAUGCACGCCCGCGGCAUCGUGCACGUGCACACGGGCCCGUGCACGUGAACGCGGGCGUGUUCCCCGGAAGUUGAGGUUUUAAAUCUCUCGCCAGUGGAAC